AUGUUACCAAAAAGUAAGAAAAAGUUAGUAUUGGUUAAUCAAGAGAAAAAUGUGCAUCCCAAAGAUAAGGCUAAUUCUCUUUCUCAUUUUUUCUUUUGGUGGCAGAUACCGUUAGUGAUAAAAAACUGGAGAAAUCAAGUAAAAGAAGACGAAUACGUCGUUGUUGCAAGAGAGCACGAGUCGAAAAAGUUAGGAGACCAAGUUGAAAAAUUUUGGAAUGAAGAACAGAUUUCAGGGAAAAGAGCGUCACUUACAAAAGCGUUAUUUAAGAGUUUCGGAACCGAAUUUAUCCUGUGUGGCUUAAUUUACUUUCCAUUUGACAUGGCAGCUACUGUACUUCAACCACUAUAUCUAGGAAAACUCUUAAACUAUUUUACUGUGAACGAAACACCUGUCACUAAAGAGCAAGCAUAUUUCUAUGGAUUUAUGAUAAUAGUGUCUAUUUUGAUUCGAGUACUAAGUUUUCAGCACUUUAUCUUGGCCACUUUCUCCAUUGGUCUGAAAGUGCGCACAGCCUGUUCCUCAUUAAUUUACAGGAAACUUCUAAGUUUGAAAAAAGCGACCAUUCAGAAGGCUACUUUGGGAAUGAACGUAGCUCUGAAAACCGACCAUCGAAUUCGCAUCAUGAAUGACAUAGUUGCUGGUAUUCGAGCUGUGAAAAUGUAUACUUGGGAGUCUUCGUUUGCAAAUUUAAUAAACGUAGUUAGAAAAUCAGAACUAAAGUACGUUGCUCAAUCGAACAGCAUUCAAAACACAAACUUCACCUUAGUAUCGUAUAUGCACAAGCUGUCUGUCUAUGUGUUCAUCCUAGCAGUCGUACUUUCUGGAUCUUUAUUAACUCCACAUAAAGUUUUCCUAUCGAUAAAUAUCUACGAUUUACUGCGACAAACCCUUCAAUACACCAGCGCCGGAAUCAGCCAGAUGUCAGAAAUAAAAACUUCUAUUCUAAGAAUUCAAGAAUUUUUGUUACUGGACGCCAACCAAAAAAGCAAAAAAACUAUUCGUUUGGAGAGUGAACCGAAAAUACCACAACGAGUACUUCUGAAAAAUGUAGAUGCCAAAUGGGAUUUGUCACUGGCGUCUACAGCUUUGACCGAUGUUAACUUUGAACUAAACGUAGGCGAAAUUGUUUCUAUUAUUGGUUCUGCUGGUAGCGGAAAGUCUACAUUACUUCAAGUUAUAUUGAAAGAACUAUCAGUUAUUAGUGGAACUCUAUACACAAAGGGAUCUAUAUCGUAUACAUCGCAAGAACCGUGGAUAUUUCCAGCCACAAUCAGACAAAACAUUAUAUUUAGUGAAGAACCCAACGAAACGAAAUAUCACAAGGUUAUAAAAGCCUGUGCUUUGGAGCGCGACAUUUCUCUUUUUUCUUAUGGCGACAAUACGUUAGUUGGAGAGAGAGGAGUGAUGCUCAGUGGAGGUCAAAAAGCUAGAGUCAAUUUGGCUAGAGCGAUUUACAAAGAUGCUGAUAUUUACUUGCUUGAUGAUCCUCUAUCAGCUGUUGAUAAGUCCGUCGCAAAUUAUAUCUUCACCAAAUGCUUCCUAGAGUACUUACAAGGGAAAAGUGUCGUACUGGUUACUCACCAGAUACAGUUUCUUAGGAACAUGGACAAAAUAUACAUUCUGGAAGAAGGAAAAGUAGCUUCUUGUGGAAAAUAUGACGAACUGGAAAUACUAAUGGGGCAAUCUGUUCAAAAAUAUGAAAGAAGGCGAUUAGACGUCGAUGAAGAAAAGUUCCUAGAAACUGGUCACUUAGAAUUUGAGAUUAAAGAAGACAGUGGAAAUUCAAACAUUAACAGAUACAAAACAAACAUGUAUUACAUGCUAAAGCAAGGUAUCACUGUGAUAGGAGCUUGUGUUGUUUUGGUUGGUGUUAAUUAUUGGAUUAUAAUUCCAACUAUAAUUCUGCAAUUAUUAUUUUAUUUACACCUGUUGGCAUUCCAUGCAGCCUUAAAUCAUUUCAAAAGAAUAUCGUCAACCAGUAGAAGUCCAAUAUUUACUCAUGUUUCAACCAGUAUACAGGGUUUAACGACAAUCAAAGCACUAAAAGUUGAACAGCAAUCUUUAUCCAAAUUUGACGAUUACCAGAAUGUUUACAAUUCAGUUGAGUACAUUCAGCGGGCUUUAUAUUUCGCCUACGCCUAUUGGGUAGAUUUUACUUGCUGUUUAUACUCAACUGCAGUCAUUUUCUAUCAACUAAUUCUUGUACAAGAUCCUUUAGUUGGAAAUGUGGGUUUGUCUAUCACGCAGUCACUUGUACUGCUUGGAUGCGCUCAAUACGCUCUAAAGUUCUAUGGUGAACUCGACUCCCAAAUGACUUCCGUGGAACGCGUCGUUGAGUACGCAGAUCUGACACCCGAAGACAACAAAGGCGAUUUCGUCCCUGCACCAUCAUGGCCCAGUCAAGGCUCCAUUAUAUUAGAUUCGGUUUCGAUGCAGUAUUCCGUAGACAAACCCUACGUCCUCAAAGGUAUUAACCUAGAUAUCAAAUCUGGCGAAAAAGUCGGUAUUAUAGGCAGAACUGGUUCCGGAAAGUCGUCCCUAAUUUCUACCAUUUUCCGAUUAUACGAGUUUGAAGGAACAAUCAUCGUCGACAACGUGGACAUAAAAUCAGUUCCACUUGAAGUUCUGAGUUCCAGGAUAUCGGUUAUCCCUCAAGAUCCUGUCUUCUUCUUGGGUACUUUACGGAAAAAUUUAGACCCUUUUGAUGAGUUUGAUGAUCAGCAGUUAUGGAGUUGUUUAGAAGAUGUCAAUCUUAAGCUCCUAGUUACAAGUUUACCGUUAGGAUUGGAGAGCCAGGUUUUAGAAGGUGGUGCGAAUUUUAGUGUCGGACAGAGGCAAAUGCUGUGUUUAAGUACGAUUAGGAGGAGGUUUAAAAAUUCAACGGUACUAACUAUUGCACAUAGAUUAGAUUCUGUUAUGGAUUCAGAUAAGAUUGUUGUAAUGGAUGCAGGUGUUGUUGUAGAGUUUGGCACCAGGGAAGAACUUUUACAAAAUCCGCAUGGAUACUUUUACAAAUAUGUCAAUAACGCAUAG